AAGCAUUUUUGGGUCUGGUUUUGGAUUAUGUCAUCACAGAAUAUAGUCAAGAGUCUCGAUAGUCAACGGUGGAAGUCAUUCGGGAUAUACUGCGCCGUAUAGCUCUCGUACGGGAUGUGUCCAUCCCUGUGAAAUCUUGAUAUGCCUUACUACGUGCUACGAUAAUGAAAGGGCCGUUUCCAAGCAAUUACCUUAAAAGAGUUGGAACUAUUCGCCAUCACCGCUGACAAGAAGCUUGAAGAUGUCUUCUGCAGGGCAGGCGCCUGAACUCCUGGGCAUGAUUGCCCUGGUGAAAACGUUGACAAACGUUCAAAUGAAAGAGAUUCUGAGGAGUCAAAACCUCACAGUAUCUGGGGUCAAAUCAACUCUACAGUUGCGCAUUAUCGCAUGUCUUGAAAGAUUUUAUCAGAAUGGACAAAUGGAUCACUACGAUCGCCUCAAACGAUUUAUCUACUCCCUAACCCAUCGCUCACGCACGCCUUCCUCCCCCGCCACUUUAUCCCAUCAGCCCCAGAGCAAUUCCUCUCGAACAUCGCAAGCGAAAGAUAAUUUGGGAUCUACAAUGUCACCUCAGCCUUUUUCAAAUGGACGUUUGUCGUUUAAGGAAAGUCCAUUCUACUCGAUACUCGAACCAUUGUCCUCGACGGUCGAAUGUAAAGUUCGCGAACAAACGCGAGACACUGUAGAGCUGAAAUUCGCUCUCAGCUCUUCAGUUGUUUCGAGGUUACAAAACGACCCAAAUCUACGGAUAAUGGUCUUCUGUGCCGCUGAUACUGGGCUCAACCAGUUCUCAAAAUCUGAUGUUGCUUUUCCUCACCAGGUUGAAUUAAGGGCUAAUCUUGAUGAGGUGAAAGCCAAUUUGAGAGGGCUGAAAAACAAACCUGGUACUACUAGGCCAGCUGAUGUCACCAAUUACAUUCGAAAGAAGGUUGGGUAUUCAAAUAAUGUUUCAAUGACAUUUGCGUUAACUCAGAAGAAAUUUUAUGUUGUUGUCAAUCUUGUGAAGCGACGCCCAGUUGAGGAUUUGGUAGAAGAGCUAAAAGCAAGGAAAACAAUUUCGAAAGAACAGGUUUUGCGUGAAAUGCGGAGUCGGGCCGAUGAUGCAGAUAUAGUGGCGACAUCAAGCGUCAUGUCAUUGAAAUGCCCUUUGUCUACUCUCAGAAUUGAGGUUCCUUGUCGGUCUGUGCUAUGCACUCAUCACCAAUGCUUCGAUGCUUCGUCUUUUCUACAAUUACAGGAACAAGCUCCGACCUGGACGUGUCCUGUGUGCAAUAAGUCUACCAGUUUUGAGUCGUUGCAAAUCGAUCAAUACGUGGAUGAAAUACUUCAGUCCACUUCAUCGGAUGUUGAACAGGUGACUAUCGAGCCGACAGGUGCUUGGUACAACACAAGAUCGGACGAUCAGACGCAAGAUGACGAAGUCGCUACUGGCCUCGACGAUGAUUUCAUCGAGAUUGGCCCUUUCUUAUCACCAAGAUUGAAGCGAGAAGAAGCAUCGGAGUCCACAGAUUUGUUUGGCACACCAUCAACUCAAGAUGGACUAAGAACGCCUAAUAUUCCAAAGUCAAGCCAGAAACGGUCGGCGCCCGUAGUCAUAGACCUUACGGGCAGCGAUGAGGAUGAGACGCCAUCUCGGCCAACCAAACGGCAAGCACUUGAUACCAUAGAUCGUGGAUCUCGUGGCUCUCGGAACAUAUAUCAGAAUGGGUUCACCAGCAAUGGCGGCCAUGAAGCUUCCUCUAGUAACGGAUCUCGGUCAUCAGAGCAUACAACUCUUUAUAUUGACGUGUGAUUUCUUUGGAAUGCUUGCCCUGACGCAUAGCCUUGGUAGCAUGUGGUGGGAGCGAUAGGGAGUUCUCGUACAUUACUGCAUUGGAGCGAAUUUUAUGUUUAUUGGCGAAAAGGAUCUCAUAGUUCUACGGAUUAGAGCAUUUCUGACUGGGCUCUUUCUUGUUCUUGUUCUUUUUUUCCUUUUUUCGCACCAUGUUACAUAAACUGUUGAAAUGGACAAUAUCAGUGCUAUUUGAGCAAAGAGUACAUUAUGACAACC